AUGGAGGAAGAAUUCACAGUGGACGAAAUAGACAGAGCUAUAUCACGGGAACGAAAAGCCCCGGGUCCUGACGGAUAUGAGGGCAGCUAUUAUAAGACAUAUAGAGAAGAACUGACACCUCACCUAUUAAAGUGGUUCAACCACCUGAUGCAGGGCAGACAUCCUGACCCAGAUAUGUCCACGGCCCACAUAGUACUAAUACCAAAACCGGGAAAAGACACGACUUACCCAGAACAUUACAGACCCAUAUCGUUGAUCAACCAUGAUGUAAAACUACUGGCCAAGAUAUUAGCGGACAGACUAUCUCCACACUUAACGAACCUAGUCCACGCAGAUCAAGUGGGCUUCAUCCCCGAACGUCAGUUAUUUGAAAACACUAGACGCAACAUAGACUUAAUAUGGACACAGAUGACCUCACACAUCCCAACGCUCAUCCUCUCUCUCAACGCUGAAAAGGCGUUCGACAGAGUUAAGUGGACAUACCUGUUCGAACUCCUACGACAUCUCCGAUUCCCGUACAUCAAAAUGAUCCAAGACAUGUACACAGAUGUCAAGGCACACAUCCGGAUCCCGGGCGCCAUGACAGCCCCUAUCACCCUACACAAUGGCACACGUCAGGGCUGCCCACUGUCACCCCUCCUGUGCGUACUCACAUUAGAACCCCUAAUGCAAGCAUUCAGAUCAAACCGAUCUAUAGAGGGAAUCACAGUGGGUGACCAAACAUAUAAAGUAUCGGGAUACGCGGACGACGUCCUUCUCACCCUUACAAACUCAGGGAGCUCAAUGAUGGCUUUAGAUAGAGAAUUAACAGAAUAUGGAGACCUAUCAGGAUACAAGACAUGGGAUUCAGACAUUGUCUAUGGAGAAACCAGCAGUCUUGCUGGAUCUUCCAUGAACCUCAAUGUUGAACUCUUGCACAUGCAUCAGAGUACAGCACUGACAUGGCUCCUGACAACUGAAGUGCCAGGAGCUGAAGAGGAACUACAGGAUGAAGAUGGCAGCAACCACAAGUUCUUCUUCAGAAACUAUCAGAGUCUUCAGACCUUGAGGUUUGCAGUGGAAGAGAUCAAUGGAAACUCUAAUAUCCUCCAGAAUAUUACUCUGGGAUUUCAGAUUUAUGAUUCUUGUGAUAUGACCAGGCUGGCUUUAGAAAGUGCAUUACAAGUAUUAACAGGACAUGACAAAAUUGUUCCAAAUUUCCAAUGUUUUGAACAUAUUCCACUUAGUUCCAUGAUUGGCCCUUCAACUUCCACUCAGACAAUGCUUGUGGCUCAUAUUCUAGGACUCUACAGAUAUCCGCAGAUUGGUUACUCAUCAUCUACCAACCUUCUUAGUGAUCGGACAAAAUUUAAAUCCUUUUUCAGGACUAUUCCCAGUGACACUUACCAGUGCCAAGGACUUGCACAGCUGGUUCUGCAUUUUGGUUGGAACUGGGUUGGACUGUUAUCAAUAGACAAUGAUUAUGGUUUGCAAGGAAUUCAGAUGGUUAAGAAGGAACUUGUCAAAGCUGGGGCUUGUGUGGCCUUCAGUGAGAUCAUUCUUACAAGUCAGCCAGAGCGCAAUGCCAGACACAUAGUCAAGGUGAUAAAGGACAGCACAGCAGUGGCCAUUGUUGUCUUCUGUGGUAAUGUUGAUUUGGUUCCAAUUCUGGGUGAGAUGAAGAGACAGAAUAUUACAAAUAGGAUAUUUGUUGCUAGUGAAGCCUGGUCCACAUCAAGUGCAAUAUCCUUGGAAACAUUUUCGGACCUUCUCUCUGGCACAAUAGGCUUAUCCUUUCAAAGUGGAACUAUACCAGGGCUAAAGGAAUUCCUGAACAAGAUACACCCUAGUGAAAAUUUUCUGGUUAAAUUAUUUUGGGAAGAAGCAUUUAAAUGCACAUUUUUUGAUGAUAAUAUCACACGAUCUUUGAAGACUUUCAUUAAAGAAUGCACAGGGACAGAAAGUCUAGAAAGUCUCAACAAUAGCUAUAAUGAUGUAUCUAGAUUAAGACACACGUACAGUGUCUACAACGCGGUCCAUGCUGUGGCCAAUGCUUUGGCAGAUAUGAAAAACUGCAAACGUGAAGAAGGUUCAUUUGUUAAUGGAAAGUGUGCAGACAUUAGGAAUUUUAAACCAUGGCAGCUCCUACACUAUCUGAAGAAGGUGAAGGUGAUGAUGAGCAGUGGGAGGGAGCUUUACUUUGAUGUGAACGGGGAUCCACCAGCCAUCUAUGACAUUGUCAAUUGGCAGAUAACUCCAGAAGGCACCAUACGACACGUCAAGGUGGGGAGUUAUGACAUGGCAGCACCUAAUGGUCAAGUCUUCAGCAUUAACAAAAAUAAUAUAAAGUGGCCGACCAGAGACCAAAAGGCUCCUGUCUCAGUCUGCAGUAAGAGCUGUCCCCAUGGCUUUCGAAAAGCUGUAAAAAGAAGUGAACCAGCCUGCUGCUUCCAAUGUGUCCCUUGUCCACAAGGACAAAUCUCCAAUCAGACAGACUCUAUUGACUGUUUGAUAUGUCCAUGGGAUAUGUGGCCAAAUAAUCAGAAAUCCAUGUGUCUUCCAAAACACAUAGAAUAUCUCUCCUAUGAUGAUCAACUGGCAAAAACAUUGACUGCUACCAGCAUCUUGUCAUCUCUAGUCCCUGUUGUCAUUUUGAGAAUUUUCACACGUUAUAAAACUACUCCUAUAGUAAAAGCCAACAAUUAUACUAUCAGUUGCCUUCUUCUGGUGUCAUUGUCCCUUUGUUUCCUCUGCUCUAAUGCUUUUAUAGGUUAUCCCCACCCUGAGAAAUGUCUUCUUCGUCAACCUGCAUUUGGAAUGGCAUUUGCCCUCUGUAUCUCUUGUAUUUUGGCUAAAACUAUACUAGUGGUUUUUGCAUUCAUGGCCACAAAACCUGGCAGCUUUCUAAGAUUAUGGUCCAGUCCGUGGGUAUCCUAUAUUAUAAUUUGUAUCGUCUCUCUUCUACAAAUCAUUUUGAGCAUAAUGUGGUUAUCUAUAACACCUCCCUUUCCAGAAGUGAACACUCACGCUAAUCCAGGGCUUAUCUGUGUUGAAUGUAAUGAAGGCUCUCCAAUUGCUUUCUGGUCUAUGUUUGGGUAUCUUGGUCUCCUAUCCAUUACAAGUUUUUUCGUAGCUUUUCUUGCUCGUAGACUUCCCGAUAGCUUCAAUGAAGCUACAUUUAUUACAUUUAGCAUGCUUGCUUUCCUUAGUGUUUGGGUUUCUUUUAUCCCAGCCUCACUCAGUUCAACAGGAAAGUAUGUUCAAGCAAUGGAAGUGUUUGCUAUCCUGGCUUCAAGUUGGGCCCUAGUGAUUUGCAUGUUUGUUCCUAAAUGUUUUAUCAUAUUGUUUAGACCUGAUAUGAACUCUAAAAACUAUCUGAUGCAGAAAAAUCCAAUUAGGAAAAAAUAA